AUGCCCGAUACGACCGAUACGCCUGUAUAUCCGCUACAGCCUCAUGAAAGGCAGAAAAAGAGGCGCCUGCAGUACGACAUCACCCCACCCGACUUCUCCCGUGCAGCUGAUGAUCUCUUGAAGGAUGAGGAUAUUCCACUGUAUGCUAGAACUGUACUAGCUUAUCUAGUCGAAUCCCACAAGCACUUCGAGGCGGUCAACGAACGGAAUCCUGGAGGCAUGUUCAGCGAUGUGCGAAAACACCUCGACUGGAUUUGCGAUGAAACCGGAGUUUGUCCACAUUCUGGAGCAACCAGUCAUCAAUCGGAGUCGAUACCUUCACCACCGCCCUCCACUGUCUCAGCAGUAUUCUCAGUGGUACCCAAUGACGACAAACAAAAAGAUGUUGAGAGUUAG